CUUAGAUAUACCAGCCCUGUAUUAAACGAACUGAAUGUAAAUAAUAGAUAUGUAUAUAGAUUCGUAUUGCAAAUGAUUAGCAUUAUUUGAAAUAAAUGUUUAUAUCUUAAAUUGAAUAGUAAUAAUAAUGAAACAUUGUGAUAUGAAGAGGCUUAAUUAUUUCUAAAUCGCUAGAUAUUAAUUUUCAAAAUGCUAGAUGAAACUGAUGCUUUCACCGAUUUGGCUUCAAUACAUGCAGAUCCCCCAAUAAUGAGAGAUGUUUGCCUUAAAUGCCAUCGUCCCUCUACAGUAUGCUACUGUAGUUGGUUACCAGUUCCACCCAUGUCGCCAAAAAGUAAAAUUAUACUUUUACAACAUCCUGCUGAAGAAAAAAGGUGCCUUAGGACUGCUACUAUGUUACAGUUAGGUUUAGAACCAACAAAAUGUCUUGUUUUUAAAGGAAAACGUUUUCCAGGAAAAUAUACCAUCCUUGAAGAACUGUUAACUACCCCAAAUGCAAUAUUAUUAUAUCCUAGUAGCAAAGCAAUAGAUAUCAAACAAGUAGGACAUAGUGACACUCAAGAAUCAUAUAAUAUAGUGAUAAUAGAUGGUACCUGGCCUCAAGCAAAAGCAAUUUAUACCGCAAGUCCAAUUUUACAUUCAAUGAGGCAAGUUAAGCUUCUUGACCAUGAUACAAGUAGUUACAUUAUAAGAACUCAACCUACAGAUGGGUGUCUAAGCACAAUAGAAACUGCUGCUUUGAGUUUAAGCCUCCUAGAAAACAAUACUAGUUACAAAAAAAUAUUACUAGCUCCCCUUAAAGCCAUGUGUGAGUUUCAAUUAAAAAAUGGUGCUGUAUCUCAUCAAAGCAAGGAAUUUAGAAUCAAAAAUAACACGUAUCCUAAGUUAAUAGGAAAAAGGUUAAAUAAGGUAUUACAAGAAGCUGAGAAGAUGGUUAAUUCAGAAAAUAAUUUAUGAUUUAUUAUCAGAGUUAUAAUUAUUUAAAAUAAGAGACUUUUUUAGUUUAUAUGACUAUCCAAUGUAUUAUUAAAUAAAUGAAUAGAUAAAAGGAAAAGUUUAUCAGGAGAGAUUGGGUCUGUUUUUAUGGUAUCAAGAAAAUUCCCAGAUGGAAUAUUCCCCAACUGGAACAUUCCCCAAUGGGAAAAUUCCGCAACAAACAAUUCACCGACAAUACAUAACAUUUCACCACAAAAAAAUUUUCCCUUGGAAAAUGCUAAAAUCUAUCAUAAAAUUUUAGGUCUUUUAUAAAUACUUAACCAAA